AUGCUUUUACAGAAACGCCCGUUGGCUGAUGAGGAGAUAGACGAGUUACGGGAUGCAUUUAAAGAGUUUGAUAAGGAUAAGGAUGGGCUGAUUACUUGUAAAGAUCUGGGCAACCUGAUGAGAACGAUGGGCUACAUGCCCACAGAGAUGGAACUGCUUGAACUCAGUCAAAGCAUCAACAUGAACCUAGGGGGAAGAGUAGAUUUUGAGGAUUUUCUUGACCUCAUGACUCCAAAGCUGCUGGCAGAAACAGCUGGAAUGAUUGGACUGAAUGAACUAAAAGAAGCAUUUAAAGAGUUUGAUAUAGAUGGUGACGGCUCUAUUACAAAAGAAGAACUGAGGCAUGCAAUGUUAAAGUUAUUAGGUGAAACAGGAAACAAAAAGGAAAUAGAGGCAGUGGUCAGAGAAGCCGACAACAAUGGAGAUGGCACUGUUGAUUUUGAAGAGUUUGUCAAAAUGAUGUCUAAAAAUUGAGAAGAUACCCAAGCUGAAACCAUCAAUAAUCUCUACAGAAC